CAUCACCACCACCAGUAUUCCAAAGUGCGUGCCGCAGGUUGACUACACAACACAACACAAACAACAACCAAAUACAGUCGACUUGUCCUCGGUAUCAUGAACCGCACGUCGCUCACCCUUGCCUGCCUCGCCCGACGUGCCCGAGGAAUCCCCACGGUGACGACCACGCCCGCCUUUGCGCUCGCACGGACCAUCUCUUCCACCACUAGGCGCUGCGUCGUCGCCCCCGACCCCACCAAACCCAGCACCAACCAGCCCGAGCUACCGCGCAAAGGCGGGAAUAGUACGCUGUUGUACCUCGUUGGGGGACUUGGCCUCGCCGGCGGUGUGUGGUACUACUAUACCCAGGCAGAGGAUGCGCGGCUCGACCGUCAGAGGGCAGAGUUCGCGGUGCACGAGCGUGUACGGAAGCUGCAGGAGAGGAUAGAAGGUCAGGCGCAGGUGGUCAGGGACAAGACGGAAGUUGCUAGGGGAAGGGUUGAGGGCGCGGUGAAGGACGCGCAGGGGAAGUAUGAAGAGGUCAGAGAUGCAGGCAAAGAGAAGCUGAGGGAUGCGAGGGACAGAGUCGAUGGGGCCGUGGAGGACGGGCGGGGCAGGGUGGAAGAUGGCAGAAAGGAGGUGGAAAGAAGGGUAGGCGAGGCGAAGGACAGCGCGCGUGAGUGAAAACC